ACUGCAAGAGCUUGGGCAGUACUAUCAUCUACUAUAAAUAGAUAGGACUUGUAACGGUUUUGAAGUACACAAAAUUUCAUUUAAUUCUUCUUAUUUCCCUGUCUGCUUCAUUUAGUUUUGAGAAGAUGGCGGUACCAAGCAGCAAGAUUUCCACUCGUCAGAAGCUGAUCAUUGACUCAGAUCCUGGUGUCGAUGAUAGCAUGGCAUUAUUUUUGGCACUUGAGUCCGAUGAAUGGGACAUCAUAGGAAUUACAACAAUAUUUGGCAAUGCUUCAAUCGAAAAUUCUACGCGUAACGCUUUGCUUCUGUUGGAGAAAGCAGGGCGUACAGAUGUUCCAGUGGCAAGAGGCCAUGAAGGACCUCUCAAGGGAGGAAAGGGCGAAGGGGGUGAUUAUGUUAUGGACGGAGGUCAUUUGCAUAAAGAACCAACUCAAAAAGUAAUUGACAAAACUGCUACUCAGUUUUUAGUUGAUAAGAUCAAUGAAUUCCCCGGUGAAGUUUCUAUACUGGCUCUAGGCCCUUUGACUAAUGUGGCUUUGGCAAUCAAACAGGACCCAUCAUUUGCAAGCAAGGUGAAACAGAUAGUUGUGCUCGGAGGUUCUUAUUUUGAGCUUGGAAAUGUGAAUCCUGCUGCUGAAUAUAAUAUUUACGCAGACGCAUUGGCAGCUGAUAUAGUCUUUACUUCUGGUGCAAAGGUUACUGUUAUUGGAAUUAAUAUCACUAAUUAUGUUUCUUUUUCAGCUGAAGAUUUCAAAAAAGUGACUGAAUCUGGGGGGAAGCAUGCUAAAGUUUUAGGUGAAAUCUACGGUUCUUCGUAUCUAGUUUCCACUGAUGGCAUCUUUCUUCAUGACACUUUGGCUUAUUUGGUUUUCGCUCGCCCUGAUCUCUUCUCAUUCAAAACCGGUGUGGUGAGAGUCGAGACAAGGGGAAUCUUUGAGGGGCUUACGCUAUUAGACCAUGGAGUAAAGAAAUGGACUACAAAGAAUCAUUGGACAGAACAUGAUCCUAUUAAUGUGGUUUGGACAAUUAAGGGAGAUGAAGCCCUUAAUUACAUCAGACAAGAAUUGAUGAAACCAUGAGAAUGGUUGCUUCUUCAUGCUCUUGAUUAUCAUAUAUUUUCUUGCUGGUUUGUAGCUCAAGUAUUGGGCAUAUGUAUGCAAUAAAAUUCAUGUUUUUCUAUUUCCUACUAUUUGAAUUCAAUGUUGUGGUUAUAGCUCAAGUUUUGGGCAUAUGUAUGCAAUAAUAUUCAUGUAUUAUGAUUUCGAACUAUUUGAAUCUAAUAAAGUGGCUUUUUUAUUUUUUUAUCA